AUGUCGAGGCUCGCAAAUAGCCCCGGAUUCGCGUCGAAACUACUAAACAGCUCGAAGAUGCCAGCCUUUACUCUGUAUGGCUCUCGCGGUUCGACUAACACCGAUCGUGUCCGCUUGACUCUUGCUGAAGGUGGCUUUACGGACUACGAACUCGUGCUUCUCAACCUUCAAAAAGGGGAGCAAAAGUCCAAAGAGCACCAGAAACGUCACCCGUGGGAUAAAAUACCUGUAAUAACUUCCGCCGACGGUUUCAAUCUCUAUGAGAGCCGCGCAAUCUGCAAAUACCUCGCAACAAAGUACUCCUUUCCACUUGUACCGCGCGACUCGGACGUCGAAGCCGCGGCGCUAUUCGGCCAGGCGCAGUGCGUGGAAACGCUUUGUUUCGCAGAGCCAGCAGGUAGAAUCGCAUUCGAGAAAUUUGCAAAAAGAUCCAUGGGGCUGCCUCCUGACGACGCCGUUGUCUCAGAUGCACUGCGAUUGGUCGAGAUGUUUUUCGACGUUGCAGAACGUCUCUUGCACCAGAACUCCUACAUGGCAGGAAAUGACUUCACCCUCGUCGAUAUUUACUACGUUCCGCUGAUCCAAAGACUUUUCGCAUGCGGGUACGGAGAUGUCAUCGUCAGUCGCGAAGCUGUGAGUGCUUGGUGGGAUCGCUGCGUGAAUCGGCAAGCCAUACAGAGGAUAAUGGCCGCUGACAAGGAGGCUGCGGUUGCUGCUGGUAGAUAG